AGUUAAAUCAACAAACUAGUCUUAACUUUGAGAUGUGGCACACAGUCACUACAUUAUCCUGUUGUUUCCAUUAUCUUCUCCUCUGUUUCAGCUAAGUGUAUGUUUGCUUUUAUGUUGGGAGAGUUCAGAUUCUAGUUGAAAACCAAAAUAUCAAGAGACAAACUUUUCCAUUUGAGUGAGAGAAACUAGGAGUAAAACCUUCACUAGCCCUAAUUUGUGACUUCUAUUCUUUCUUUCUGUCUAAUCUUUUCUCCUUUCGUUUCUUACAAUCAAAUGCUAAGGUUAAAGCUUCCCCUUUCUCUUUCUUGCCCUCUUUCUAUUCACAAUUUUCCUCCUUUUCUUCUUUUUCAUCACUUCCAUUCACAAUCUCACCCCUCAUCCUUUCACAAUCCCCAAGACGCCGUUACCUUGUUCAAUGGCAUGCUUCAGAUGCAUCAACCACCACCCAUCAUUCAGUUCAAUCGCAUUCUAGGAUCACUUAUGAGGAUCAAUCACUACCCUACAGUCAUUUCCCUCUCUAAGCAGUUAGAAUCCAGUGGAAUUAUUCCCACCAUUUGCACUUUAACCAUCCUCAUCAAUUGCUUCUGCCACCUCCGUCAAAUGGCCUCUGCUUUCUCUGUGUUCGGCAGAAUUCUCAAGAUGGGUCAUCACCCUAAUACCGUAACCUUCAACACACUCAUCAAUGGUCUCUGCAUCAGUGGUGAGGUCAAGAAAGCACUGAUCUUUCAUGACAAUGUGGUAGCUCAGGGAGUUCGGUUGGAUCAAGUUAGCUAUGGAACCUUAAUCAAUGGGUUAUGCAAGAGUGGAGAAACCAGGGCUGCUGUGCAGUUGCUGAGAAAUAUUGAAGGACGAUUGGUCAGGCCUAAUGUGGUAAUGUACAGCUCAAUCAUUGAUAGCCUAUGCAAAGAUAAACUUGUUGCUGAGGCUAAUGAUUUAUACUCUGAGAUGGUUGUGAAGGGAGUUUCUCCCAAUGUCAUCACUUACACUGCUUUGAUGUAUGGUUUCUGUAUUGUGGAUCAAUUGCAGGAAGCCAUUGAUUUGUUUAGUCAAAUGGUACUGAAAAACAUCAGCCCGGAUGUGUAUACCUUUAAUAUAUUGGUUGAUGCCUUCUUUAAGGAAGGAAAGGUGGAACAAGCUAAACAUGUGUUGGCUGUGAUGGUGAAAGCGGGUGUAAAACCUAAUGUUAUUACCUAUAAUUCUUUAAUGGAUGGGUAUUAUUUAGUCAAGGAUGUGAAGAGGGCCAAAGAUGUAUUUAACACUAUGACUUUAAGGGGAGUGAUUCCAGAUGUUCGGAGCUACAACAUCGUGAUUAAUGGAUUAUGUAAGAAUAAGAUGGUGGAUGAGGCGGUCAAUAUGUUUGAAGAAAUGCAUCAGAAAAAUAUUGUUCCAAAUACAGUGACUUAUAAUUCUCUUAUUGAUGGUUUGUGCAAAUCAGGAAAACUAUCUUAUGUUUGGAAGCUUAUUGAUGAGAUACAUGAUAAUGGUCAACAUGUUGAUGUAGUCACCUACAAUUGUUUGUUACAUGCUUUGUGCAAAAACCAUGAUAUAGAUAGGGCAAUUGAACUAUUCAACAAAAUUAAAGACAGUGGACUUCAGCCCACUGAGUAUACAUACACAAUACUUAUGGAUGGAUUUUGCAAAGUUGGAAGACUUAAGAAAGCACGAGAGAUUUUCCAGAAUCUUUUGAUUAAAGGAUAUCAACUAAGUGUGAGGACAUAUAAUGUUAUGAUCAAUGGACUUUGUAAUUGGGGCUUGUUUGAUGAAGCUUUGGCCAUGCUGUCAGAAAUGGAAGAAAGUGGUUACAACCCUGAUGCUGUAACUUAUGAAACUGUUAUUUGUCAUCUCUUUGAAGAAAAUAAAAAUGAUAUGGCUGAGAAACUUCUUCGUGAAAUGAUUGCUAGAGGCUUAUUGUAGGAUUUAAACUAGAUAUGCAGGAUUUGCUAAUGAAUAAAGGGUCAAGGAUUGAAGGUGUUUCUUUUAACCAAAAUGAAGCAUUGAGAAUUACACUGAUAUAAUGGACAUUUUUAGAACUCCUUGUCUUUUCUUCUUAAAACGAAACCCAACCUCAACUUUUGCCUUUUCUCCAUGAAUCCAUCUUCACUGUGCCUGCUGUAGUAACCUUGAACUCAAACCUCUAUCUUCUCUACAAUCAGUUCAUAUUUGUAGCUUUAUCUUCACUGGCUCAUGACAUCAUUUUUGGAAUGCUCAUACCUUCAUCUUCUUUGAAGGUCGUGGUUCCCAUCAUUCAGCUGUCCAUUUCCUGUUUGGUGAAAUGCCACAGUGGAAUCAAGUUUUGUCAGAAUGCUGUCAUUAGAGUCCAUGGACACAAUUAAAUGUGAGGGGUUUCCUGCUGAAUUAUACGUUGGUACGUGUGAGCGCUUAGAUGGUUUUUUGAUGAAUGAAAGUUUAAAAGCAUCCAUUUUAGGAUUCUCCAGACUUGCUUGUGUACCUAUAAUUAACAUUUGACUAUAAACUGUAUAAUUACUUGUAAACUUCUUUGUUCUUCUCGUUACAUUGUUAUUGCCAAUUUUUUAAUGAUUUGGAAUCAAUACUUUAGGUUGAUGCUUUGAAUAUAAUCACUUUGUAAAUAUCCCAUGACAUAGUGUAUAGUCGAUUAAGGAUUGUGUUUUUGCCAAAGAUGAGAAUGAUACGGCCGAGAAAUUUCUUCUUCAAAUGAUUACUAGGAGCUAUUCUAGUUUAACAUAACAAGAUGGACUGUGUAUUGGGUUCAUUAUCACUUUAUUUUCAUUGAAAGUGAUGUAUGUUAUUAAGUUCAUUUUCUAAUUGUGAUGAUAUUCAUGGUCAUGUUUUUUGUGAUUUUGCUUCAUUAUUGUUUUUACUCAAUGUACCAUUGUUCUGCUUCAUCUGGUUUCAAGAAAUUUUCAGUCGCUGCACAUUGUAUUUAAAUAUCAACCACUGAAAUGAACAUGAUUACUUGGAAUGCUUCAUUUCUUAGUGUUUCAGAUUUGUAUAACUUUUUAAUGUAGGGUCAAUGAAGGAUAAUAGUCAAAGGGGUAGGUUAGCAUUUGAAGGCAUAAUGGCUGCCUGCCAAUUUCACUAUAUUAUAUGGAAUCUUGUUUACCAAUUUUAUUUCUCUCUUUCGUAAGAGUUACUAUUAUUUUAUUUCAUUGAUUCUAAAUUCAAUAUUCGAUUUAAACAUUCCAGCAAAGCACUGCUAAAUCAUUUGCUUGCAUUUGGUCAUUAUUUACUUUUGAAAGGAAAAAUUGUAUAUAAUAGAGUCUCUGCCCAUAUAUAAAUAGGACACUUAUUCAAGAUUAUUAAAAGAAGUUGGUUAUUUUAGUUAAUAAUAUUAAAUUUAUUACCUCAUUGCAUUGUUUUUUCAAAACUACCAAUGUAUUUAAAUUAUUGAGACCUAGUUUUGUGGAGAGAAAAUAGUAGUUUGUAUAAUUUAUCUUAUUAUUGUGGUAGUAGUCACAAGAAAAAAAUAUCUUUUUAAUUUAUAACAUUUAUUUACCAAAAUAUUAUCAAG